GUCCGGCAACGCCAUUGUUCACGCUGUUUUUGUUUUUCUAGACAAAAUAUAAAAUUCAUUAAAAAUGGUUUUUGUCAAAAAUUGGGAAGAUUUCGAAAUUGCAGCCGAGAAUAUGUAUAUGGCGAAUCCACAGAACUGCCGUUAUACAAUGAAAUAUGUCCAUUCCAAGGGUCACAUACUCCUCAAAAUGACGGACAAUGUAAAGUGCGUUCAAUACAAAGCUGAAAAUAUGCCCGAUCUGAAGAAAAUUGAGAAAAUGACCAGUAAUCUGGUGGGGCAUAUGGCUUCCAAGGAAUAAACUCGAACAAACAAAAAAAACAACAACACAACGACAACAGCCGACUUUUGGCCACGCCAGCAACCCAGUGCAUGUUGUUGUUGCUGCCGCUGCUUUUGCUGGCCUGACCACAUAGAGAGCCAUACACACCUCCAGCUCCCUCCCGUUGCCGUUUCCCCCCGCCCAAUAAUCCAGAUCCAGAUCGUCUUCACCUGCAAUUGAUUUUAGUUAAUAAGUAAGAUAAAUGCUCCAAGUGUGGUAUAACCGAGUAGAUUUUCCUUGUUUAAAUAACAUUUUAUAAAUGUUAGCUCUGUACACACUUGAGAGUAAACAAAAACAAAACAAAAGAGAAAAGAAGGAACAGAAAAAAACAACAUAAAGGAAUAAUGGUUUUUUAACAUUUUUUUUUUCUUAUAUAAUUAAUUGUAUUUAUUUACUAUUAAAAAUGUAAAAAUGGUCAGAUGUGAAUGCCAUUACAUACAUUUCCAUGAAAUGCUUUAAACGAAAUUGAUUAAAGAAGGGUGUUUAUAAGGAAA